CCCAUUUCCACGAGAUAGCCGAGCUCAGGCGGAUCUCAGGUGCACCGUUACACUCUUUUUUCUAAUUACACAUUCCAAACCUCCACCUUCAUUACAAAAUAUUUUCUAAUCGGACGCUCCUAACCAAACAGAAAAAGUUGGCCAGAUGCAUUCUCUCUUGAUCAGACGGAGCUAGACUUGACUUGUCCAGUCACUCUCCACUCCCAAAAUGCCCACCCUCGGCCCUUCCCUGCUCUUCGUCGCAGGUCUCACACUCGGUGUCGGUGCAGGCACUCUCCUCCCAAGGAAAACCUCACAGCCCAACGUUCCUCUCCCUCCGCCUCCUCCUGAAGGUGGCCGACCCGACUUCAAGGAGAGCAAGGCUUUAGUUCCAACAGCCACUGGCAUUGUUGGACCUCUUCAGGGUGGCUUUCCUGGCCCUACACCUGACAUCAUCAAGCGUGUUGCAUACACGGCCGCAUACGACCGUAGACUCCGACACCCCGCAUGGACUGCCGAGCAUAUCACUGCCACUUCUCUUGCAAAGAUUUCUCCUCCUCAAAUUAAGGGUACCCCUGUUCCUCUUGAAGCUGCCCGUGCCGCGGACACUUCGUCUCAGCCGGAGGUUAUCAAGGUCGACAGAUCAAAGAGUGUCUUCAAGGAGGAUGACGGUAUUCCCGAGAUGUUCAGAGCAAAGCUUUCCGAUUACUUCCGAAGCGGUUAUGAUCGAGGGCAUAUGGUACCCGCCGCUGACGCUAAGAUUUCUCAACAAGCAAUGGAUGAGACAUUCUACCUUUCCAACAUCGCCCCCCAAGUCGGUGACGGUUUCAACAGGCACUACUGGGCCUAUGUUGAGGACUUUUGCCGGAGGUUGACUACCAAUUUUGAGGAUGUCUACGUGUUCACCGUCCCCCUCUACCUUCCUGAGAAGCACGCCGAUGGUAAAUGGCGAGUGUCUUACGAAGUGAUUGGCAACCCUCCUUCCGUUUCUGUUCCUACCCACUUUGCCAAGGUCAUCCUUGCCUCACGCCCCGACUUCUCCUACCCCCAGAAACCUUCUUCGGCCUCCACUGCCGUGUCUUCUCCCCAGACAGUAAAGGAGCUCGCUCUCGGCGCUUUCGUCCUUCCCAACAAGGAGAUACCUGACCAGGCAGACUUGAGGAGCUUUAUUGUCCCUGUAGAACAUGUGGAGAAGGCUGCUGGCUUGAAGUUGUUCAACGAAGAGGUCAAGACCAAGAGCAGGCAGCUUUGUGCUGUGACUCAAUGUCAGGUCAUUGUGAGGAGGUUUGACGAUGCUAGAAAGCAGUUGGGUGGGAAGAAAUAGAUAUACAUGAUACCUAUGGACUCUGGAUUAUACUCAUGUCGUUUCUGUCGCCGUUAUGCGAUUACAUUUUGAUGCUGC